AUGAGUGAUGAUGAUUUUUUUUAUAAUAAAGAUAAAUGUUCUUUACAUUAUAUAAAUAGUAGAACAAGUACAAAAAUUGAUGAUAUUUUAAAAAGAAGAAGAGCUAAACAAAUUAAAGAAGCUAAUGAAUUUAAAAGUGAUACUUUUUUAAGUCUUGAUGAUAGUUUGAGCAAAAUAGAAAAUGAAGAAAAAAAGGAUAAUAAUAAUAAUGAUAUAUUUAUUGAUAAUAAAAGUGAUAUAUAUUCAAAUAAACAUAGUAUUUAUAAAGAUAAACACGAAGCAAGUAAUGAUUUAAAUGUUUAUGAUAAAAAUAGUUACCCAGUUAAUGUUAAUUAUGUAGAUAGUCGUUAUGUUACUAAUAACAUAAAUAACUAUUCAAAUAAUAACUGUUCUGAUAUUAAUAAUAAAAAUAAUAUAUAUGAUAAUCAUUCACAUAAUAAAUAUAAUACUGUAAAAGAUACAAGUGAAAAUGUUGUAGAUAAUAUAUCAUAUAAUAAAUUUAAAAACGAAUUAACAAGUUCCAAAAACACAGAACUUCAAAAUAAAUAUAAAACAUCGUUAUAUAAAAAAUCAUUUGAAAAUAUACAUAAAUAUAACAAUAAUAUAGUAAAUGAUUAUAUUGAAAAUGAAAUUGAAGAAAAAAAAAAAACAGAAAAUAUUAUUUUUGAUAAUGAGUUAAAAAUUUUUAAAACUCCUAGUACGGAAUCCAUAUUAAAUAAAAUAAAAAGUAAUGAUAAUAGCAAAGAUGAAAUUUUUACAAAUUUAAACAAAAUAGAUAUAAAUGAAAUUGAUAUGAACAAAACACCAUCUAAAAGUUUUUCAAAAAGUUAUUUUGAAUAUUUAAAAUUUGAAACAGCAGGGAAGAUGCAUAUGAGCGAAUUAGAAACUCCUUUAAAUUUAAAAGAAGAAGAUAUUACAAACACUCCAUUCAUAACUUACUAUUUAGCUGGUGAAGCUAAAAAUAAAUAUGCAAAUGAUACUGAGAAUGCAGAAAAUAAAUUAAAAGACAAUUCUCAUGAAAAAGAAGAAAUUAAUAACAAUAAAGAAGCAAAAAAUUAUUAUAUUAACUAUUAUUUAAAGGAUUCAAAUAUGUAUGAUAAUGAAACUUCAAAACAAAAAAAAUUAAAAAAAAGAGACAAUACAGAAAUAGAGGAAACUUUUAAAGAUAAUGAGAAGAGUACUAACGAUAAUGAUAUUGCAUCCAUCACAAGUAAUAACAAAUGUAGUGAAAAUAAUAUUUAUAAUAAACUUUUUAAUUCAAAAAAAUACAAUUUUAUAAAAACAGAAGAAGAGUAUAAAAAUAUGCUUGAAGAAAAAAAUAAAAAAAAUGAUAAUAUAAAGCAAAGUGACAGUAAUAAAAGAUUCUUUAAUAAUGAUGUCAGUUUUACAGAUAAAAAUUUUAUUAAUGGUCAAUUUAACAUAAUGAACACAAAAACAUUUAAAAUGAAUUUCUUUAAGGAAUUAAAAUAUAAUAAUGAAAGUAAUGCGAGUAUGUCAAAUUAUAAAAACGAAAUAAAAUCUUUCUCAUUUGAGAAUCCAUAUAAUAUAGAAGAAGAACAAUAUAAAGAUAAUUCGAAUUCAAGUAAUGUAGCAAAUAUUAAUUCUAAUGAAGAAAAAUAUGAUAAGGUUAUUGAAAAUUAUAGAAGUAAAUUAUAUUCAAUUACUGAAAAUUCUCAAAAAAAUGAUGAAAAUAUUAAAAAUACAAUUUUAGUUAGUUCAAAUAUUGAAAAAGAGAUAAAAGAGAAUACUACUACUAAUAAUAAAACUAAUAUUACAUUAUGCAAAAAUUUAGAUUCAGAAUUAAAUACAAAAAGCAGUACAAUACCUAAUAAUUUAAAAAAAUAUAAAAUAAGUAAAGAAAACAGUUUUGUGGAUAAUUUUAAUGAAGAAAAUUAUGAUAACAUUGAUAAUAAAAAAAUAUUAAAUAACAGCGAUAAUGUAAAUAGUAAUCAUAAUUGUGACUAUAAAAGUUAUAAUAAUGAGAAUAAUAUAAAUAACAAAAAAUAUGAAGAUGAUGAAAAUGUUGUAACAACUAAUAAGAAAUAUGCAAAUAUGAAUAAUAAAUAUUUUUACGAAGAUAAUAACAGUAGUAAUAUUAAUGAAAUUAAUUAUAAUAUAUACAACAAUUCAAAAAAUUAUAAAGAAAAGGUAUAUUCAAAUAAUUAUAAAAACUACGAGAACAUUUUAAACAAAAGUGAGAAUAAUGAUUUAAUUAAAUUGGAAACACAAAAUAAUAUAAAAAUUAAUAUAAGUGAAAUAAAUGAAAAUAGUUAUCAUAAUGAUUGUGAAAAGGAAAAUAUUUUAAAUAAAAAAGAGGAAGAUUCCUAUAAAAUAAAGUCAAAUAAGACGAUUGAUAAAAAAAACACAAAUGAAAUAAAUAAUAUAUAUAAGAAUUGUUCUAAUAAGAAUAUAACAAGUGAGUAUGUAAAGUAUAAUAAUAUAAUAAAAAAUUUCAAUAGCGAUUUAUAUCAUGAUUUAAAUUUAAAAAAAAAAGAUUCAUAUAAAUAUGAAGCAAGUAGUAAAAAUAAUAUAAGUGAGAAUAAUAACAUAGAUAUAAAUUACGUUAAUCAAAAUAAUAAGAACGUAUAUGAUGAGAAUAAUUCAGUUUAUUACAAUAUUUCACUAAAUAAUAAAAAUUCACCUGAAUUAGGAAAUAUAAACAAAACUAUAUGUGAAAUAAAAACGAAUGAUUAUAAUAAUUCUUCAAUAGAUGAAAAAAGAAUUUUUCGUACAACAAAUAAAAAUAUAACAAAUAAAUUAAGUGAAACUGCCGAUUUUGGUUAUAAAGAAGAUAAUGAUAUAGGUGAAUCAAAAAGUGCUGAUAUGAUUAAAGCGAAUAAUAUUAAUUUAGAUAUAGAUAAAAAUAAUGCAUCUAAUUUAAAGAAAAGUUGUUUUGAUUAUUUAAAAAAUAACUUUAAUAAUAUUAAUAUGAAUAUGAAUGAUAUUAAAAGUAUUAUUUUUGAUUCUCAAUAUCCAAACGAACAAAAUACUGGAACAUCAAUUGAUAAUUUUUCUAAAGUUAAUAAUGAAGAUUUCAGUAAAUUUAUACGAGACCAGAUAAAAAACAGUAUAAAUAGUGUUGUAGAAAAAAUAUUAAAUGAUAAACAAAAUGAUAUUUUAAAAAAAAUAAAUAUAAGUAUAUCAAACAAUGAAAUGAAUAUAAGUGAUAAAAACGAAAUGGAGUAUAAUCAAAAUAAUAAUAUAAAUGAUAUUGAUAUAAAAAAUUGUAAUAAUUAUUAUAAAAAUGAGAAGAAAAGUAUAAAUGAAAAUAAAAUAAAUUCAGAAGAAGAAAUAAAAUCAGAAGUAAUUUUUUCUCAGAAAAAUAUGGGUUCCAAGUAUGAAUAUCGACAAGAAAAUGAUUUAAUUAAUAUUAUUAAAGAAAAUAUAAUUAAGAAUAUUAAUAAUACAGAAAAUUUUGAUAAUAUUAAUUUAUCACAAAAUGUAAAUAAAAAAAAAAAUUAUGUAUCUAUAAUAAAUAAAAGAACUGAUAUAGAUGAAUUUAAUGAAGAAGAUUUUCUAGAAAUAGGAAAACUAAAUGACAAUUUAAAAAUGAGUAAAGUUAAUAAGAUUAUUGAAAUUAAUGAAAAUGAUUUAAAAAAAAAGAAAAUUAAAUGUAAAAAUGUAUUAUAUAGUUGUAUAGAUGUAAUAUAUUAUUUAUUAAAUGAAAAUAAUAAAAAAAAUAAUAAAAUGAAUAAUCUAUUAAGUGAAAUUAAUAAUAUUAACGAAUAUGAAAAAAAAAUAGAAAACUUAACUAAAGAAAAUGAAAAAUUAAAAGUAGAAAUAGAGCAGAAAAAUGAAAAUUUAAAAAAAAAAGAAAUUAAAGAAAGAGCGAAUUUAAGUAAAAAAAUAACAGAACAAACAAAAAAAAUCACAAGUUAUGAAAAAGACAUAAAUAUAUAUAAAAAUAAAAUUACCAACUUAAAUAACAAAAUAAUAAAUAAAGAAAACGAAAUUGAAAAAUUAAAAAAACAAUACCAAGUUGUAUUAGAAGAAAUAGAUAACUGCAAAAAUGAUGCUAAUAAAGUUAUUAAAAAAGUUUUAAAUAAAAAAUAUAUGAAUUUAAUAGAUAAGCAAUGCUUUGACAUUUCUAAAUAUUAUGAAAUACAAAUAAAUUCAUUAAACAAAGAAAUUAGAAAUUUAAAAGAUAUAAUAAAAAACGAAGAAAAAGAAAAGAUUAUAUCCAAUAGAAAAUUAAAUGUAUUAACACAAUUAAAUAAGAAUGAAAAGGAAAUUAAAAAUGAAACUUCGUUAAAUAGUAAAAAAGAAAUAGAAGCAGAAAAUGAAAAAAAAAAAAAAAAAAAGGAAAUUGCUGUUGAUGAUAAAUUGUUAAAUGAAGAAAAAAAAUUAAAAAAAAAUAAAAUUGAAAAAAACGUAAAUAACAGUUGCAUAGAAAAAAAUAAAGGGUUAAAAGUAAAUGAAAUUUUAAAUGAUUCUAAUUAUAAAAUAAAAUAUGAAAAUUUAGUUAAUGAGAUGAAUGAAAUUAAAAGAGAUUUUGAAAACCAAAAAAAAUUAUAUAGUAAGAAAAUUGAACAACUAGAACAAAAUCAAGAAAUUCAGAAUAUAAAGAAUCAGUUAGAUACAUCAGAAAAAAUAGUUCAAGUUUAUCAAAAUAUAUUUAAAGAAAAAGUGGAUAAUAUAAAAAGUGAUUAUGCAUAUAACCAAUAUUGUAACAAAAAUAAGGAUGAUGUAGAAAAUAACUAUUCAUGUUUAAAUUAUAAUGAGAACAAAAAUUACCCAAAAAAUUCUAAUAAUGUAAAUUUAAGUUAUACUUCAAAUAAGAAUAAUUUUGAUGAUUUUAAUAAAUUCAACCGUCUUUUUUUUCAAAAGGAAAUAGAGAAAAUAAAUAACAUUUCUUCGAAUCAUGAUUUAACGACAACAAAUAGAGAUGUGACAAAGAAUGAAAAUUAUUUAGUAAAUGAUAAUAAUUUAUUCAAUAUUAUUAAUAGUGUAAAUAAUAAUAUAAUAAACGGUGUUGAUGAAGUAUCACAACAUCGUUAUCUAAAUGAUUUUGUAAAAUUGUAUAUAGAAAAUUUUAAUAUGACUGAUACAUAUAAUAAUUAUAAAAAUGAUUUUGAUCUUUUUCAAAAAAAAUCAGAACAAGUUCUUAAUAAUUCUAAGAGUAAUUUUAUAAAUAAUGAAGAUAAUCAUUAUUUAUAUAAAAACUUAAUGAACUAUGAAAAAGUAGAAUUGAUUAAAAUAUUCAUAAACAUAUGUAAUGAUUUAAAAACUGAUAAUAUAUUUGUCAUAAUUCAAUUUGUAAAAUUUUUAUCUUUUAUUGUAUAUGAACAAUUUCCUUUAUUUACUUCUUUUUAUUAUAAUGUGGCUUCAUUAGUUUCACUGAAAUCAGUAAAAUUUAAUGAAUGCAUAGAUGUAAUAAAAAAGUGGAAAACAUAUUAUAUAAAUGGGAAAAAAUAUUACAUUUUCAGAAAAAAUGUUUUAUUAAUAUUUCAAUCUGAUUUAAAAGAUGUUAAAAAAAAUCAAAUAGAUGAGAAAUGUUUAGAUAUUAUGAAAAAUCUUUAUGAAAAAAAUUCUGAAAUAUCCAAAUACUCCAAUGACUCUUAUGAGAAAGCUGAGUAUAUUAUUAAUAAACAUUCAAAAGAAAUUAUUAGUAAAAUAAUUAAAACAUAUAUGAGCAUUUAUAAUAUAGAUAAAAUAAACAAUAUUAUAUCACAUAUGAAUUCUAUGAAUUCUAAGCUUAAAACACAGUCUUAUUUUAUUAGAUCUAUAACAACUUGUUUAAAUUUAAGUAAAACAGAUAAUUUUCAAGAGAUUGAAAAUAAAAUAAAGGAAUUAGUAUCAACAAAAGGAAUAAAUGAAAAAAUAAAGAAUAAAAUAAAUAUAGAAGAAUUAGAUGAAUAUUUAGCUGCUUAUACAAUUAUGUGUACAUUAAAAAAAUACUUAAAUAUUUCUCAUACUAAAGAUCUUUUACCUUCUAUAUCAAAAAUCAUUCAAAAAAAUAGAUCUUUAUAA